CGGACGACACGGAGGAGGCGAUGCAGAAGAGGAUCGGGGCGUACCACGAGAACGUGCGAGCGAUCAUGCCUUUCUACUCGAAUCUGCACGUGAAGAUCGACGGGACGCAAGAGAAGAAGGCGAUAGCAGGGAGCAUAGAGAGUUAUCUUCUAGGAGGGUCGUCAGGCAAAGGCUCGCCAAAGCGCAUCAUUAUCGCGGGCCCCCCAGCGUCGGGGAAGGGCACACAAUGCGAGAUGAUCGUGGAGAAGUUCGGCGUUGUGCACAUCUCGACAGGCGACGCCCUACGAGCAGAGGUUGCGAAGGGGUCAGAGCUGGGGCAGCAGGCGAAGGGCUUCAUGGAGAGCGGCGGGCUUGUACCGGACGAGCUGAUCAUCAACAUCGUGAAGGAGCGGCUGGCAGAGCCAGACUGUCAGGAGCGAGGCUGGCUGCUGGACGGCUUUCCGCGCACGGGAGUACAGGCAGAAGCGCUUGAGGCGGCAGGGAUCAGGCCGAGCCACUUCAUUCUGCUUGACGUACCGGACGACAUCCUGGUAGAGCGAUGCGUCGGGAGGAGGACGGACCCGGAGACGGGGAAGAUCUACCAUCUCAAGUACAAUCCUCCACCAGAGGACCCGGAAGUACAGGGCCGGCUUGUACAUCGUGCGGACGACACGGAGGAGGCGAUGCAGAAGAGGAUCGGGGCGUACCACGAGAACGUGCGAGCGAUCAUGCCUUUCUACUCGAAUCUGCACGUGAAGAUCGACGGGACACAAGAGAAGAAAGUUAUCAGUUCUAAGAUUGACAAGUACCUCAAGGGUAAGAUGUCGAGCGUCGACGGCCCCAAGCGCAUCAUCAUCGCGGGUCCUCCAGGUUCUGGCAAGAGAUCUCAAGCGGAGUGCGUUGUCGACAAAUUCGGGGUUGUGGAACUCUCCAUGAUGGAUGAGAUUCGCAACGCGAUCUCCAACUCCACGGCACUUGGAUUGGCAGCGAAGCAACGGAUGGAUCAAGGACUCCUGGUAUCUGAUGAUCUGAUGGUAAGGAUCCUCAAGGAGAGGCUUUCGAAGCCGGACUGUAUGCAGCAGGGUUGGCUGCUGCACGACUUUCCCAAGACUUUCUCGCAGGCGAUCAUGCUUGAGGAAGCAGGGAUUCAACCUAGUCACUUCUUCCUCUUCGACGUCCCCGAGGACAUCCUGGUAGAGCGAUGCGUGGGAAGGAGGAAGGACCCGGUCACAGGCAAGAUGUACCACCUCAAGUAUGACCCUCCGCCUGAGGACCCGGAGGUCCUUGACCGCCUGUUCCAGAGAGCCGAAGACACUUCGCGGUCUGUUCUGAAUCGAAUGCAUCAGUUCCAGGUGGAGGUGUCAAACAUGAAGUUUCUUUACCGCGGUAGGCUGCAUCUACUGGACGGCACUGUCGACAAGGACUCGCUCUCGAGCAGGAUCUCUGACAUCCUCGAGGACGUGGGCCCUUCCGCUGCUCCUCCCUCCCUCAAGGUGGUCAUCUUCGGGCCUCCGGCUUCCGGCAAGAGCGUCCAGUCCACUGAGCUGGCCAAGAAGCUCGGCCUCGUCCACGUGUGCACCGGAGACCUGUUGCGCUUCCACAUCGAGAACGAGACUCAGGUGGGGUUGAAGGCGCGGAGCAGCCUGGCAUCUGGCACGCUGCUCUCGGACGACGUCAUUAUACCCCUCAUAAAGGAGAGAAUGAGUCACUUGGACGUGCGCCAACGUGGUUGGAUCCUCGAUGGUUUCCCACGAACCAUCCGGCAGAUCCAGGCGCUCAAGGAGAUGGAGCUUGACCCGGACUUCUUCUUCCUCCUGGAGGUGCCGGACGCCGUGGUGCUCGAACGCGCUCUGGGCAAGCGAGUGGACUCUCAGACCGGAAAGAUCUACCACACCUCCUUCCAUCCUCCUCCCCACCAUCUGGUCCAUCGACUGAGGGCUCAGACGUCCGACAGCCGUGAGGGGACGCUGAGGAGGCUGCAAACUUACCGCGAGGUGGAGGCGACGGUUGUCUCCUACUUCUCGUGUGUGGGCAGGAGGAUCAAUGGGCAGAGGGCCCGGGAGGAGAUCAGCAAGGAGAUAGAGGCUGUUCUUGCUCGACGCAUCCCCUUGGAUAUGA